AUGGAAAUGAUUUUUGAGGACACUAGAGCAGCUGUGUUGAAGGUGCUGAAGCUGUUUCAAAAAUCUCACCUAUGGGAUGAGCUGGUGAUGCUCUUGUCGCUGGGGUGCAAUCCCUUGGCCAGCCCCAUGAGAUAUCCUGCCAGAGGGAAGCAGGAGGGACCGACCAGCAGCUGCGUCGAAGGUGCUGAAGCUGUUUCAGAAAUCUCACCUAUGCAGACCAUCCUCCGGCUGACCACCUGGAUCUUCUCCAUUGUGGUGUUUGGCUCCAUCGUGAAUGAGUGCUAUGUGAACAAGGACAGCCAGAACCCCGAGCUGCUCUGCAUCUUCAAUGAGAAUGAGAGUGCCUGCAGCUACGGCAUCGCCAUCGGCAUCAUUGCCUUCUUUGGCUGUAUCUUCUUCUUUGUGGUGGACCUCUACUUCCAGCAGAUCAGCAGCGUGAAGGAUCGCAAACGGGUCGUCCUGCUGGACCUUGGCUUUUCAGGUUUCUUGUCCUUCCUGUGGUUUGUAGCCUUCUGCUUCCUAGCAAACCAGUGGCAACGGACGACGAUGAGCAAAGGGGUUUCUCAAGGAGCAGAUGCCGCCCGGGCAGCGAUCACCUUCUCCUUCUUCUCCAUCAUUGUCUGGGUCGCGCUGGCGGUGAGGGCGCUGCAGAGAUACCGCCUGGGGACGGACAUGUCGCUCUUUGCCACCGACCAGUUCGCUGCCGACCCCAGCGCGGCGUACCCCGGCUACCCCACCGGCAGCGGCAUCGAGAGCACAGAGACCUACCAGAGCCCCCCCUUCACCGAGACCUUAGAGGCCAACCCGAAAGGUUACCAAGUGCCAGCGUACUGAGGGGCGAGGGCCGCCUGUACCAAGAGACCGAGUCCUACGGUGCAGUACAAUUAACCGGUUGAUUGCAAAUGUAUUCAGUCCCAUUUUCCUUAAUGUGGCAAGUCAGUGCUGGGUUUCCUUACUAUUAGCUAGUUGUGCAGUGAAUUCUGUACAGUGGUAUUGGUUCUUGUCUUACCUGUCCAAGGGUUUUAUAAAAGCAGUGUUCCCUCUAAGUCGGAAGGAAGGAAGGUUGCUACCACAUCACCUACAGGUGGGGAAAGAUGAAUAAAUGCCCUCUCUGAGGCUCGACACCUGGCAAUCGGUGGCUGAGUUCUGCUGAGCGCCUGGGAGAGCCCAGAAUACCUUUUCCUGUUAGAAAACACAGUAGCUGAGGAGUUGUUGUUAUUUAUCUCGUUCUUCCAGAGCUAACACAGAAUCCAUCUGGUGGUGGCCAGGGUGGGUGGGCAGCAUGGGGGAGGUCAGCCCUGUGCCCCUCCUGCUGCAGAGCUUUCCUGUUCACGUUCCACGGAAAGUGCCAAAUUCACAAAGAAAUAAGUGGCGUCUGUGUUACUUUUAUUUGUAUAUAUUUACUGUACAAAA